AGGCCCCGGGGCCGCGCCCUAAGGAGAGCGGCACCCACGGCCAAUUGCUAUGGCAACUCCGGGGCUCGUUCCAUUCCCCACCCCGCCGAUCCCCCCGCCUCCUGCCUGAGCUGCAGCCAACCGGCUUGUGCGCGCCCCAGGAGCGCGCUAUAAAACCUGCGCGGUGGCGCUGGGCAAGGGCGAGCCCGACCAGGAGCAGGGCGCGCAGAGCCAACCUCCGACCUGGAAAGCCCUGUGAAAGCGGCAGGAAAAAGCCUGAACAUGCAGAGUGCGCAGAGCCUGCGUCUCGGUCCACCCGGUCAGUGCCUCUGCCUGGCUUUCCUGCUCCUCCAUCUCCUGGGACAGGUCCUUGCGACUCCGCGCUGUCCCUCCUCGUGCCCGGCUCCGUGCCCCAAGAAGCCGCCGACCUGCGCCCCCGGGGUGAGAGCCGUGCUGGACGACUGUUCCUGCUGCCUGGUGUGCGCCCGCCAGCGCGGCGAGAGCUGCUCCGUGAUGCUGCCCUGCGAGGAAAGCCGCGGUCUCUUCUGCGACCGCAGAGCGGACCCCAGCGCCCAGACUGGCAUCUGCAUGGCGAUAGAAGGAGACAAUUGUGUGUUCGAUGGAGUCAUCUACCAAAGUGGAGAGACCUUCCAGCCUAGCUGCAAAUACCAGUGCGCCUGCCAAGAUGGGCAGGUUGGUUGUGUGCCCCGCUGUGAAGAGGACCUGCUACUGCCCCAGCCUGACUGCCAAGCUCCGAGAAAAGUGAAAGUGCCUGGGGAGUGCUGUGAAAAGUGGAUCUGUGACUCCAAUGAGACGGGGACAUUAGGGGACCUCCAAACCCUUCCAGCCUACAGAACAGAAGCCACUCUAGGAGUUGCAGUCUCCGACUCAGGUAUCAACUGCAUUGAGCAGACCACAGAGUGGAGUGCGUGUUCCAAGAGUUGUGGCAUGGGUUUUUCCACCCGGGUCACCAACAGGAAUCCACAUUGCGAGAUGGUGAAGCAGACCCGGCUCUGCUCGGUGCGGCCCUGUGACCAAGAGCACAAGCAGCCGACAGAUAAGAAAGGGAAAAAGUGUCUCCGCACCACCAAGUCACUCAAAGCCAUCCACCUGCAGUUUGAGAACUGCACGAGCCUAUACACCUACAAGCCCAGGUUCUGCGGUGUCUGCAGCGAUGGCCGAUGCUGUACCCCACACAACACCAAAACCAUCCAGGUGGAGUUCCAGUGCUCCCCAGGGCAGAUCCUCAAGAAACCAGUGAUGGUCAUCGGGACCUGCACCUGUCACAACAACUGUCCUCAUAACAAUGCGUCUUUCCUCCAAGACUUAAAGCCAAACACCAGCAGAGGAGAAAUGUAAUGUGUCCCCUAGGAAGCCCACCUACAGAGGCAACCUAUAGCCACCCACUAGCAAAUGACUAUAAGAAAAAUUACAAAGAAUUAUUAUCCA